AUGCGCCUUGGCGCGCUGGAGGACGCCUGGCAGGCGCUGGUUGACGAUGAGGCGGCGGCGGCCGAGGCGCAGCGGCGCAUCGAGCGCGACGCGGCGGCGCUGCGCGCGGCGCGCGCAGCGGUCGGAGCCCAAGAGGCUGAUGUGGCGAGGCGCGAGGCGGCGGUGGCGGCGGCGCACAGGGCGCUGGCGGCGGUCGCGCCGGUGGCGCGCAGCAGCGGGGGCGGCGGCGGGGCGGCGGAGGUCGCCGGUGUGGCGGGGGUUGGUGUGGGGGACGAGGGCCGCACCUCAAGCGCCCCCGGCAACCGCGGCGCCGAUGGCUCCGCUGCACCUGUGCCGAUGCGCAACCGCUCCUCCGCUGCCGUGGCGCCGGCUGCUGACGCCGCGUCCUCUGGCGAUGGGAGCUGCUGCCGCGGCAGCGGCGGUGCGGGCGGGGGAGGGGCCAGCGGCGGCCGCGCGCCGUCCAAGUUGGAGCUGCCACAGCUGCAGCCGUUCCUGGGGGAGGCGCGCUGGUGGCCGCCCUCGCCCCUGCUCGGCGCGACCGAGACCAGCGCGGCGGACCCCCGCCGCGGCCGCCGCUUCGAGGGGCCGGCCCUGGGCUGGCCGGCGGGCGGGCCGGGCGACGACGGCGCCCGUGUUCGGCAGUAG